GACGGGAACGGACAGGCCGUGAUCGGACCGGCGGAAGACUCUUCUCGAAGCUUCGUUUCAGCGGAAAAAGGAGAGAGAGAGAGAGAUAGGAAGAUACAGUAGCCGAGUUUUACAGGGGAGGCAGAGAUGUGGGUGUUCUACCUGAUCUCGCUGCCUUUAACCCUAGGUAUGGUGAUUCUCACCUUGAGGUACUUCGCCGGACCCGAUGUGCCUCGUUACGUCCUCUUCACCGUCGCAUAUACCUGGUCCUGUUCCCUUUCCAUCAUCAUCCUCGUCCCGGCCGAUAUCUGGACGACAAUAUCAAGGCCUCCAGGCGCUCCUGAACAUGGAGGCAUUUCUUUCUUUUGGAGCUUAUCGUAUUGGAGUACAUUUUUGCUGACUUGGGCUGUGGUGCCCCUUAUUCAGGGUUUUGAAGAUGCUGGAGACUUCACCAUGACAGAGAGAUUAAAGACUAGUGUGCACGUCAACUUAGUUUUCUAUUUAAUUGUGGGAUCUAUUGGCCUUUUUGGUCUUAUUCUCCUCAUUAUGAUGAGCAAGGAUUGGAGUGGUGAUAUUCUGGGACUAGCUAUGGGAUUGUCAAAUGCUUUUGGGCUUGUUACAGGUGCAUUUCUUCUUGGAUUUGGCUUGAGUGAAAUUCCCAAGAGCAUUUGGAGAAAUGCAGAUUGGACAACUCGCCAAAAAGUUCUUUCCCAUAAAAUAGCCAAAAUGGCUGUCAAACUUGAUGAGGCACAUCAGGAUCUUUCAAAUGCUAUUGUUGUUGCUCAAGCAACAUCUAAUCAGAUGUCCAAGCGUGAUCCCCUAAGACCCUACAUGAAUGUCAUUGAAAAUAUGCUGACUCAAAUGUUUAGGGAAGAUCCUUCCUUUAAGCCACAAGGUGGUCGGCUGGGGGAAAAUGAUAUGGACUAUGAUACAGAUGAAAAAUCAAUGGCAACACUUAGGCGUCAUCUUCGGCAGGCUCGAGAGGAAUAUUAUCGGUACAAAAGUGAGUAUAUGACCUAUGUCACAGAGGCCCUUGAACUAGAAGAUACAGUAAGAAAUUAUGAGCGACGCAAUUCUACUGGAUGGAAAUACAUUUCAAGUUUCAGACCAAGUCGUUCUGGCAAAAUUGGGGGACUCUUAGAUACAAUUGAAUUUGUUUGGCGAUGUAUCCUAAGAAAACAACUAGAAAAGGUCUUAGCUAUUAUGCUUGGUAUCAUGUCAGUGGCAAUACUUUUGGCUGAGGCAACUCUUCUACCUAGUGGAGUGGACUUGUCACUUUUCUCUAUCCUUAUAAAUUCAGUAAAACAUGAGGAGGUGCUUGUGCAGGCCUUUGCUUUUGUACCUCUGAUGUAUAUGGGCGUGUGCACAUAUUAUUCCUUGUUCAAGGCUGGAAUGCUAAUGUUCUACUCAUUAACACCGCGGCAAACAAGUUCGGUCAAUUUGCUUAUGAUAUGUUCGAUGGUUGCUCGUUAUGCCCCUCCAAUUUCAUACAACUUUCUCAAUCUCAUUAGCCUUGGUGAGAAGAGGAAAACUAUAUUUGAAAAGCGAAUGGGGACCAUUGAUUCCGCUGUUCCUUUCUUUGGAAAAGGAUUUAAUAACAUUUAUCCGCUGAUCAUGGUUAUAUAUACCUUAUUGGUUGCUGGCAAUUUUUUUAAUCGUGUGAUUGAUUUCUUUGGGAGCUGGAAGAGAUUCAGAUUUCAAACUGAGGCAGAUGAUAUGGAUGGAUUUGAUCCAUCUGGAUUAAUUAUCCUACAAAAAGAACGGUCCUGGCUUGAGGAAGGUCGCAAGGUUGGUGAGCAUGUUAUCCCAUUGGCAAGAAAUUUCAACAAUACUGACAUUGAGCCUGGCAACAAUAGCACAGAUCGGAUUGACAUUGAAAUGAAGCCAACCAGUUCAGUCACUGAUGGCAUAAAAGGAGGUACGUCAAAAACUGUAAGAGAAGAGGCUCGUAGUUCAUAUUCCACUAGCAAAGAGGCCAUUGGCAACAAGUAUGCUGACAUAAGAGAAAAGAGCAGACAAGCAUCCAAUGCAAAGUCAAUGCAGAGUGACAUCACCUCCGCAAAGGUCUCUUUGCUUGAUGUAGGAAGCUCGAAUGCUGGUAAUUACACUGGAAGGCCAUCCUCUGGUCUGGGUUCGACAUGGCAAUCAAUGAAAUCAGGUUUUCAAAAUUUCAAAGCAAACAUGGCAACAAAAAAGUUUCUUCCUGUACGCCAAAUUCAGGAAAAUAUAGCUCUCUCUCAUGUUUCCUCACCCGAGUCCCUGGAUGAAAUAUUUCAGAGAUUGAAACGACCAUCUUUAGACCAUAAUGAUGAUGAGGAUGAUGAUGAAAAAGUGACAGACACGAAUGUUAGAGGCCCCAGUAGAUGACCUUAUAUUUGCUUCGGGAAUCAGCUUCUUUAUGUUAUCAAAGCUGUGUGAUACACAAUGUACAGGUUCUGGGUAAGCUUGGUGCUGGCUCAAUACAGAAUUUUGUCCAUCAUGUGAUUUAACCGAGUGCAGGAAAGAUGUCUUACCAUACUGGACUUCCUACAUUAAGAGGGUAUAGGAGGGGAAACCAAUGUGGCCCCGAUAUAUGAAGUAAAGUAAUUGCUUCAACCAACAUUUAGGCACCUGCCUUGGUCGCGGAGUGUUUUACUAUUACCUGAUAAAUGUUGGAACUAAAUGUUUUUCAUACAAAAUAAAAGAAAAAAAGUUUG